UCCUUACACACAACACAUCAAUCUAGCUGUAUUAUUUAUACACCAAAUUUAUUUCAAAGUAGAUAUUAAAUCUUAGUAUACAAUUAAUUAGAAUACCCAGAGAUAAUUAAUUAAUGGCAGGUAAGAUGAUGGCGGUGAAGUCGGUUGCAUGCAUGGCCAUUUUGUGCAUGCUUGUGGCGGCGCCGUCGGCGGAGGCGGCGCUGACGUGCGGCACCGUUAUCUCAAAGCUCGCUCCAUGCGUUUCUUAUGUCAAGGGGGCUGGUGCGGCGCCUCCGCCUGGAGCUUGCUGUGCUGCCAUAAAGGCCUUAAGUGCCGCAGCUACAACCACCGCCGACCGCCAGGCUGCCUGCAAUUGUUUGAAAUCUGCUGCUAAAGCCUAUACCGGCGGUCAGCUCAGUCGCAUCUCCUCAGUUCCCGGCAAGUGCAACGUCAACAUUGGCUACGCUCUCAGCACCAGCACUAACUGUGCCAGUAUUAAAUGAGCUAGCUGAUGCAAGGAGAUAGGGGUUGGAAGUGGUUUUCAUCGUUCCUUGUCAAUACCAUGGUCAAUCUAUACUAUCUAUAUUUGAAUGUUUACAAUGUUUUUAAUAAUUUAAGCAUAUAUGUACGGAGUAUGUUUUUAUUUUAUCUUAUGAGAAAUAAAAGAGGCCGGAUUUAUCGUCCCCUUCGGGAUGCCGCCCUUUAUUAGUUUGUUUUACGUCCCC